AGGGAAGGACAGAUUCCAUGGUUUGACUUUUACAAGGUUCCUUCACUGUUGCGUCUGGGCAAGUUCGUCGUUAUGUUUUUUUGUUGAGGGUAUUAAUGUAAAUAAACUUACAGUGCCUGCUCAGAAAACCCUAGCCUGUGUUUUUCACUAUAAAAGUGAUCGUUUAUCCUUCAUUUGCUUACAAUUUGCCCUUGUUUUUGCUGCGUUUCGCUCAGCAGGGCUUUUGUUAGAGUUUUUCUACUUCAAUCUCUUCAGUUUUAGGCAUCUAUAAUGGGUAAGGAGAAGGUUCACAUCAACAUUGUGGUCAUUGGCCAUGUCGACUCUGGAAAGUCAACUACUACUGGCCAUCUCAUCUAUAAGUUGGGAGGUAUUGACAAGCGUGUCAUUGAGAGAUUCGAGAAGGAAGCUGCUGAGAUGAACAAGAGGUCAUUCAAGUAUGCUUGGGUGCUUGACAAGCUUAAGGCCGAGCGUGAGCGUGGUAUCACCAUUGAUAUUGCCUUGUGGAAGUUUGAGACCACCAAGUACUACUGCACCGUCAUUGAUGCACCUGGACAUCGUGACUUUAUCAAGAAUAUGAUUACCGGUACUUCACAGGCUGACUGUGCUGUUCUGAUUAUUGAUUCCACCACUGGUGGUUUUGAAGCUGGUAUUUCCAAGGAUGGUCAGACCCGUGAGCAUGCUCUCCUUGCUUUCACCCUUGGUGUCAAGCAAAUGAUUUGCUGUUGCAACAAGAUGGAUGCUACUACUCCCAAGUACUCCAAGGCCAGGUAUGAUGAAAUUGUCAAGGAGGUUUCCUCUUACCUGAAGAAGGUCGGAUACAACCCCGAUAAAAUUCCUUUCGUUCCCAUCUCUGGCUUCGAAGGUGACAACAUGAUCGAGAGGUCCACCAACCUUGACUGGUACAAGGGACCAACCCUACUUGAAGCUCUUGACCAGAUCAAUGAGCCAAAGAGGCCCACAGACAAGCCUCUUCGUCUCCCACUUCAAGACGUUUACAAGAUUGGUGGUAUUGGAACAGUUCCAGUGGGUCGGGUGGAGACUGGUGUCCUCAAGCCUGGUAUGGUUGUGACCUUUGGACCCAGUGGACUGACAACUGAAGUUAAGUCGGUUGAAAUGCAUCACGAGGCUCUCCAGGAGGCCCUCCCUGGUGACAAUGUUGGUUUCAAUGUUAAGAAUGUUGCUGUCAAGGAUCUUAAGAGAGGUUUUGUUGCUUCAAACUCCAAGGACGAUCCAGCAAAGGAGGCAGCCAACUUCACAUCCCAAGUCAUCAUCAUGAACCAUCCUGGUCAGAUUGGAAAUGGAUAUGCUCCAGUGUUGGACUGUCACACCUCCCACAUUGCUGUGAAGUUUGCUGAGAUCCUAACCAAGAUUGAUCGUCGAUCCGGUAAGGAGCUUGAGAAGGAGCCCAAAUUCUUGAAGAAUGGUGAUGCUGGUUUCGUGAAGAUGAUUCCAACCAAGCCCAUGGUUGUUGAGACCUUCUCCGAGUACCCUCCAUUGGGUCGGUUUGCUGUUAGGGACAUGCGCCAAACUGUUGCAGUGGGUGUUAUCAAGAGUGUUGAGAAGAAGGACCCAAGCGGAGCUAAGGUCACCAAGUCUGCUGCCAAGAAGGGAGGAAAAUGAGAGUUAAAUUAUUAGCUGUUGGAAGGUUUUUUUUUAAUGUACAUUGUCUAGUUGCUACGCCCACAUAUUUGCCUUGUAUAGGCAGUGGAUGCGUAGUAUGUUUGAAGGCACCAUUUUGUUUUGGAUGUUUGAAGGCAUUCUUCUAGUGAGGUUUGUGUAUGGUUGAGAAUUGAGAAUUUACUUACUUAUGCCGACUGAUAAUGGGAGAACAAAGUCUACUGUUUUCUUUCA